AAGGGACGGACUUCCCGAACUAAAACCCUUAUAAAUUACGAAGCUCGUAGCGCUUCCGUCUCCCACCCCCAAACCUCCUCUCAUUUCAUUUCUUCCUUUGGCAUCCGUUCCUCAUCUCCAGUUUGAAAUGGCAGCAACUUCAGCAGCUACCUUUUCAAUUGGAACAAAUGUCUCCCUUGGCCGCAAAGCAGGCUCACUUCCUCAAUCAAAGCCUUUUGGUGUGAGGUUUAACUCCCAGAACCCGCUAAAGAGUUUCAGUGGCCUCAAGGCUGCAAUCUGUGACUGUGAGUCGGUCUCCUUCUUAAGCAAGGAAACCAUUGCCGCUCUUCGAGGCUCUUUUGCCCCGAAGGCCCAGAACGAAAAUCAGAGUUCUCAUUAUCACCUGCAGCCCCAGGCAACUUUCAAAGUGGCAGUUCUUGGAGCUGCUGGAGGGAUAGGUCAGCCCUUGGCGCUUCUUAUCAAAAUGUCUCCAUUGGUUUCUACCUUGAACCUUUAUGAUAUAGGAAAUGUCAAGGGAGUUUCAGCUGAUCUCAGUCACUGCAACACUCCUUCGCAAGUUCUGGACUUCACUGGACCUUCUGAAUUAGCCAAUUGCUUGAAAGGCGCAAAUGUCGUUGUCAUACCUGCUGGGGUUCCAAGGAAACCCGGUAUGACUCGUGAUGACCUCUUCAACAUCAAUGCUGGCAUAGUUAGGAACUUGAUUGAGGCUGUUGCUGAUAACUGCCCUGAUGCCUUCAUCCAUAUUAUUAGUAAUCCAGUUAACUCAACGGUGCCAAUUGCCGCAGAAGUUCUGAAGCAGAAGGGUGUAUAUGACCCAAAGAAGCUCUUUGGUGUCACUACACUGGAUGUUGUGAGGGCAAACACUUUUGUUGCUCAGAAGAAGAACCUAAAGCUGAUUGAUGUUGAUGUCCCAGUUGUGGGAGGACAUGCAGGGAUAACUAUUCUACCCCUGCUAUCAAAGACAAAACCCUCAGUUAGCUUUACCGAUGAAGAAAUUCAAGAGCUGACUGUAAGGAUCCAAAAUGCUGGGACAGAAGUUGUGGAGGCAAAAGCAGGUACCGGGUCUGCUACAUUAUCAAUGGCAUAUGCAGCAGCGAGAUUUGUUGAGUCGUCUCUUCGUGCACUUGACGGAGAUGGGGAUGUAUACGAGUGCUGCUAUGUUCAGUCAGAUCUGACCGAGCUUCCAUUCUUUGCGUCUAGAGUUAAGCUUGGAAGGCAAGGUGUGGAAGCUUUGAUUACCUCCGACCUCCAAGGUCUGACUGAAUAUGAGCAGAAGGCUCUGGAAGCCCUUAAGCCAGAAUUGAGGUCCAGCAUUGAGAAGGGGCUUGCGUUUGCUCAGAAGCAAACAGUGACUGCAUAAGAAUUCUGGGUGAUUUGAAGCCCUUACCUCGUCAUUAUAACGUCUGCUUUAGAGACUGUGACAGUGUCUGGUCUAUUUGCGGGAUUUAUCAUUGCAUCAGGACUUUCAGUUUUGUAGAUUUGUUUUCUCUCUUCAAUAUUUUGAGGUUUUGAAAAGUUUAGAGGUGGAUACUCCGAUGUUGUAGACUCUAUAUCAAUGUAAUCGUUCGUACUGGCACCACUUAAUGGUUGACAGUUUUGAAAUAAGAUGGCUGGUGCUCUAUAUUGAAGUUUGUCAUCAGCA